AUGUCUUCUUCUCAAGUUCACUGCAUAAACCAGGAUGUGGAAUUAUCCCAUCUUAGUAAUACCGUCCUUCCUGUUAACGAUAGUGACGAGCAGCAUUCGCUAUCCGAUGUUGAAGAAAUGCCGGCUAAUGUGAACUUAAGCUCGGCCGACGAUAGCUUAGGUUUGGAAAAAACGAGCUCAGGACAGUUAGCGCAGUUGUCUUCGUCUCAGGAAGAAUCUAUCCCGUCAUCAAUUGACCUUCCAUCUGCAUAUAUAGAGUCGGAAACAACGAAUCCUCCCAACCCUGCCGGCCGUCUCCAGCGUUGGAAGUACCGCUUGCUCGGACAAUCUAAAGUUAACACGACCGAGAAAAAUACAAACGGCGACUGCCCGAUCAGUACAGCUAACGAGGAACGUAAAGCCGAUCCGUUUCUCGUAAGGAAAUUGUUCGGUAACGGCGUCGACACCGCCAAUGAUAUAUCCGAUCUGGAUGUAUCUGUUCCGAAAGUCAAUACCCAUGGUUGCAGUUUGGUCUGCUUGUCAGGGAAAGAUGAAUACAGCAGGUCCAUUUCAAGAUCCACGUUUUCCGAUUCCAACAUAUCAUUAGACCAAUCCGACAAUGAAGUGAAGGGUAAACACGACUCACUAAAAGACACUAUUAACGGAGAUUAUAUGGAUUAUGAUUGUAGAAUCUGUCAUGGUGGCACGAGCUCAGGGCAGUUAGUGUCACCUUGUUAUUGCACCGGUACGAUGGGUCAGAUGCAUGUCGCCUGCUUAGAGCAAUGGCUGGGUUCUAAUGGACGAAAGGAAUGUGAAUUGUGCGGUUAUCGCUACCACCUCUGCCGGGAACCUCGAAGCUUUCGAGAAUUCCUAAAAAAUCCCGGAGCUCCGAAUUUAGCGAGGCACUUAAAGUGUGACCUCUUUUGUUUCGCGGUUCUGACCCCGACGACUUUGAUUUCUGUAAGUCUCCUCUUGUUUGCAGCAAACCUUCUUGAGUGGCAAAUGACUUGGAGCGUUGUCGGACUUAUCACGACUGCCAUCUUCCUUGUCAUUAUCUACGUCUUUUGGAGUGUCAUGGCGUUUACUUACCAGCGUAAGAUCUGGCAGAAAUGGAAGCUCUCAAACCAGGUGGUACGCCUCAAGUGUACUUCGAAGUGCAGCUGGGACUACAAUGAAAGCCAUCCGGCUGCGACCGGUUCUGAACGGAGUCUGAACGUGGUGCCAGUAUAUCCACGUGCCUCAACAGUGACUAUCACUUCGACGGAAGUAGGGUCGGAUAUCGAUGCCCGGUUAUUCGAAAUCCGUUGUAAUGAGUCCGAGCCGUCGGUGUCACCUUACAUUUCCUUAGAUCCCUACCGCCUUUCGCAGUCGUUCAGCGACAUUCGAAUGGCGUUGCCCUCCGUCGUCGUCAUCAUGUACGUUCUCCUCGAGCCCUCCCUCGUGAUGGACACGGAUCUGAGAGAAACAGCAGCACAAAAUGUUUACCGAAAAACAUUUUCAAAUCUGAAGGCAUUCAUAUGA